AUGGCCUCGCCCCUUAGGGGUAAGCCUUCUUCGCCCCGAGUGGAGACGACUCGCCGUAAGGAGACUUCGACGGUUUGCGUGGAGACAUCGUCCCACCGCAUGGAGACAUCCUCUCGGCAGGUGCGAACAUCUACCCGUCAGGUGGAGACCUCCCAGCGCCGCAGCGAGGGGCCCUCCAUUGCCCCCUCUGGGAAGCUGCUCCCUCAUAUCCUCGAGGUGUCCUCUCAGCACGUGGAAACCUCCUCCCAGCGCACGGAAACGUCCUCCCGCCACAUCCGAGCCUCAACUCGGCGAGUGGAGACGUCUCUGCACAGCGUGGAGAGCCCGGCCCGGCGGGACAAGCCGGCACCCCGCCAAAAUGUAAAAAUGGCUCCAUGAAAUGCUUUCCAAAGGCCACGAGAGGGCCCUGGCCCUU